AUGACGUCACCCACAACUAUUCAAACAUCGACAAUUACUACCGCUAUACCUAAUACUAUUUCAACUAAUACUGACGACGCUUCAACUACAACAUCUAAACCGACCACAACCAAACAGACAAUUUCAACUAACUCCCAGUCCCUUACUACUACAUCAACUCCAACCUCUACAUCAGUUAAAACCACUUCACUCACUUCAACAGACUUACCAAAUACGAACACUUUACCAACUACAUCUCAGACUACGACCGAUAGACCCAUUACAACUACAACUCCAGUUACACCAAAUACAUCAACUACAACUACUCCACCAACUAAAACUACUCCACCAACUACAACCACUCCACCAACUACAGCCACUCCACCAACUACAGCCACUCCACAAUCUACAGCCACUCCACCAACAACAGCCACCCCACCAACUACAGACACUCCACCAACUACAGCCACUCCACAAACUACAUCCAUUCCACAAACUACAGCCACUCCACAAUCUACAGCCAUUCCACCAACUACAGCCACUCAACAAACUACACCACUCCACCAACUACAGCCAGUCCAUCAACUACAGCCAUUCCACAAACUACAUCCAUUCCACAAACUACAGCCACUCCACAAUCUACAGCCACUCCACCAACUACAGCCACUCCAACAACUACAGCCACUCCACAAACUACAGCCACUCCUCCAACUACAGCCACUCCGCCAACUACAACCACUCCACCAACUACAGCCACUCCACAAACUACAGUCACUACACAAUCUACAGCCAUUCCACAAACUACAGCCACUCCACAAUCUACAGCCAUUCCACCAACUACAGCCACUCAACAAACUACAGUCACUACACAAUCUACAGCCACUCCACAAACUACAGCCACUCCAACAACUACAGCCACUCCACAAACUACAGCCACUCCUCCAACUACAGCCACUCCGCCAACUACAACCACUCCACCAACUACAGCCACUCCCCCAACUACAGCCACUCCACCAACUACAGCCACUCCACAAACUACAUCCAUUCCACAAACUACAGCCACUCCACAAUCUACAGCCACUCCACAAACUACAGCCACUCCACCAACUACAGCCACUCAUCCAACUACAGCCAAUCCACAAACUACAGCCACUCCUCCAAUUACAGCCACUCCACCAACUACAGCCACUCCAUCAACUACAGCCAUUCCACAAACUACAUCCAUUCCACAAACUACAGCCACUCCACAAUCUACAGCCACUCCACCAACUACAGCCACUCAACAAACUACAGUCACUACACAAUCUACAGCCACUCCUUCCCCCAACUACACUCCACAAUCUACAGCCAUUCCACCAACUACAGCCACUCAACAAACUACAGUCACUACACAAUCUACAGCCACUCCACAAACUACAGCCACUCCACAAUCUACAGCCAUUCCCCCAACUACAGCCACCCCACAAACUACAGCCACUCACCCAACUCCAGCCACUCCACCAACCACAGCAACCCCACCAACUACAGCCCCUCCCCCAACUCCAGCCCCCCCACAAUCUACAGCCACCCCACAAUCUACAGCCACCCCACAAACUCCAGCCACCCCACAACCUCCAGCCACCCCUCCAACUACAGCCACGUCACCAAUUACAGCCACGCCACCAACUACAGCCACUUUUUUUUUUUUUUUUUCCAAUUACAGCCACUCCAACAACCACAGCAACUCCACCAACUACGGCCACUCCACCAACAACAGCCACACCACCAACUACAGACACUCCACCAACUACAGUCACUCAACAAACUACAGUCACUCCACCCACUACAGCCACUCCACCAUCUACAGCCACUCCACAAUCUACAGCCACCCCACCAACUACAGCCCCCCCACAAACUACAGCCUCUCCACAAACUACAGCCACUCCACCAACUACAGCCACUCCACCAACUACAGCCACUCCACCAAUUACAGCCACUCCACCAACUACAGUCACUCCACCAACUACAGCCACUCCACCAACUACAGCCACUAUACAAACUACAGCCACUCCGCCAACUACAGCCACUGCACAAACUACAGCCACUCCACGUACUACAGCCUCUCCGCCAACAACAGUCAUUCCGCCAACUCUAACCACUCCACUAAUUACAACCACUAAACCACCUAUAACCACUCCACCAAUUUCAACCAUUUCAUCAAGUAAAACCACUCCACCAACUAAAAUAACCACACCAUCUCCAACCACUUUAUCAACUACCACCACUCCACAAACUACAACCACUCUAUUAGCUGAUACCACUUCAUCAAGUGAAACUACUCCAUCAACUAAAAUUAUCUCAUCCCCUAAAACCACUACAACAACUAAAAUAACUUCGACAAGUAAAACUACUACCCCAACUACAACCACUUCACAAAGUAAAGCUACUACCCCAACUACAACCACUCCACAAAGUAAAACUACUACACCAACUGCAGCCCCUUCACCAAGUAAAGCUACUUCCCGAACUACAAAAACUUUAACAACUACAACCACCACUAGAGGAGCAACCACUAAACCAAACAUUAAACCAACUACCUCUACUAUACCUAAGAAAACCUCAUCGACCAAAUCAACAACAAGAGUUAGAAAUGUAGUGACAUCGACGUUGAUACCAGAUUCGACAACAUCAACAAACGCAGAAGUUGACUGGUCUAAGAUUGCCCUAAUCGCGGUCAUAGGGACAGGAGCGCUGGCUGUUAUUGUGGUACUUGUGCUUGGGACGAUGCUCAUUAGGGCAAAGUCUAAAAGGUCUAAAGAUAAAAGCAGAAAUCACUCAGGCGACAUGACGAGACAGCCAAAUAUCGUUCCUGGAAACCGUCCCAACCAUACAGAUAAUUUCAGCCACCAAAGUCCAUUUCACGAAUUAUCGGGGCAAAUUAACGGUACAAACAAUGCUCAACAGGGAAAUAUCCAAAGUUCCCAGAAAAGUCCCUUCCAGGGAUACGGACAGGAGUACGAUGGGUUCAGCUACAAGUCCCCGGAUGUUUCCAAUGUUUAUCCGAGUCUCCAGAGAGAUAGUGUCCAUCCACAACCGUCCGCACCUCCUGUCAAAGACAUGCAUUUACGAUACUACUGAUGUGAUGUGCUGAGAAGAUCAUCCGGAACCUUCCCUCACGUCUAUGAGUGCUGGUUUUAUAUUCAUAGGACAUAUUUUUAUGGUCAAGCCUUUGUUGACACAUGUUAACAUAAGUUCAUGCCAGCUGAGGAGAUAUCGUAAGCUUUUGAUAAAUUAAGCUAUAAGCUUUGGCUACACAAACUGCAGAGUUUCUUUGUUUUGUUUUCUGUUCUGGUUAUUUUGUGCGAAAAGAAUGUUCCUUUUUUCCGAAAAGUAACAAGUGUAUUGCUGUGUAACAAUAAACAGGGUAUUGUCUGCUUUGUGCGACGUCACUUCGGGUGUUUGCAAGGGAUAAGCUUGAGAUCCAAUAUUUGUUUUUAUAAAGACUGUUAUUUUUGACGAUGGUAAUUACUUAUAUUAAUUACUUGAAUACAUACAUGGAGGGUACAUGGUUAUCUCUAUUCUGCUAUCGACCAAGUCAAUGACUAGGGUCCCUAGUCAUUGCAUUGCAUGGUUAUGGAAGUUAAUAAUUAUCUUAAGAAGUUACGUUAUUAACGUUACAAAUUAAUGAUCUAUUUGAUUUAUAAAUGAAAAUCAUAUAACAAAAUCUUAUUACCGUAGGUGAAGAGGAACACAUAGAACGGAAACCUGUAUCAUCGCAAACUUUCUUUGCCAUAUAUUUUUAAA